GCACACCCAAUAUUCACAUGCUCUUCAAAAGUGUGUCUGUGUGUUUGUCCUGAUAAAAGUGCUUGUGAUUUUAACAAUGGAAACCUCUUCAAUUUUAUCACUGAAGAAACCAGAACCGAAUUUAAACGUGUCGGACGUCUUAUGCGAGUUAGUUUGUCCUGUAUGCCUCAACUACCUCUACCCGCCUAUAAAGCAAUGUGCAACAGGUCACACGUAUUGCGAAGAUUGCUUCCAAAAACUCACAAGGUGUCCGGAAUGCAGGGCACCCAAAACUGAAGCUAGAAGUUUCGUUUUGGAGAGGUUGUACAAUAAGCUUACAUUCCCCUGUAAGUUUUACGAUGAGGGGUGUCAAGUCUUGGCUAAAGGUGUUAACAUAAAAUACCACGAAGAUGGCUGUGAAUACUCCAUGAAACGAUGCCCCCUAAGAUUCAACAACAACUGCAAGUGGCAAGGAAAGAAGCUAGAGCUGGAUUUGCACUGCAAGAAAGACCACAGCACCAACAUAUACUUCGAAUCUUCGCAAACGUUUAAAUGCAAAGACUUCUGCUCGAACGUGCACAGGAAAUACUACAUUUUAUUCUCGGUUUUUGAGGAAAUGUUCCGUUGCUCGAUGGACAUAAACGAGGAGAAAGGUUUGGUGCGUUUUGGUGUGUAUUUGAUGAGCAAGAUUAGAUCGCUGGGAAAGUUCGUGUAUCAAUUGACAAUCAAAAAAGGGGAUACUGAGUUGGAGGCCAUGUCAGUUAAAGCACCCUGUAUACAUUUGACGGAUGAUGCACACAGAUUCGAAAAAGAUAAAUAUUUGAUUUUUAAGUACAAUAUGUUGAAAGAGUUUUGCGGGGAAGCGGGAGAUUUGUAUUAUAGUGUGAAAAUUAUUCCCACAGCUCCUUAAUAUAUCAUUAUAAUGGAUGACGUUAUACUUAUGUAUAGAUUUUAGAUAUUUUGUAAACUAGAUGUUAGUUUUGUGUCGUGUUUUAAUACUGUAAAGAAACUACAGUUUCUUAUUUUAAUUUUGAAUAUAAUGAGCAUUUUUACCAAUUACAUUAAAAUCAAAUGACCUGAUUCGUUAUGUACAGUUAGAGUAUUAACAUUUAAUGAUUUAUACCUUAUUUGUUUGGUAUUUUUUAAUACAUGUCUAUUUAGUAAAUUAAGGCAAAUAAAAACGUUAUAUUUGUACUUAAUUAAAUUAAAUUAAACAUAUUAAAAAUAAUUGAG